CACCUCCUGUGGGCGUGGACGGAGGCCGCGCUCGGACAGUCCAGCGGCUCGGCUCUGGUUAGGUUUGGCGACAGUCCCGGCUCGCAGGCCCGGAAUCCGAGCGUGUAGAUGGCUGUGGAUGGUGGGGCGCUCACGGAUCACCACAGCAACCGCUGGCCCUCCGGGCGCGUGACGUCACGCUCUCCCUGCGGCGCGUGACGCGGUGCUGCGGGAGGAAGCCGGGGGUCCGCGCAGGGGGCGCCUCUGGCCUCCCCGGGUGCGGGCGUCUCGCCCCGGCCCGCCGCGCGCUUUGUUCUUUGUUCUGAACUGGGCGAGGGUGGUGCCCGCCCGGCCUGCGCGACAGAUACCUCCCGCGACGCGUGGCAACAGGUGUGCCUGCCGGUGUCGCCGCAGCGUCCCCGAGCGCGUCGCGGGCCUGGCCGGGCCGGGAUGAGCGCCUGCCAUGGAAGGUCUGUCCUCUGCCGAUGCUGCCCUUCUCCAAGGGGGAUGUCCCCUCUUCCCAGUGGCCGGUUUUCAGGAAUCCGUGACCUUCAAGGACGUGGUAGUGGACUUCACGCAGGAAGAAUGGAAGCAGCUGGACCCUGGACAGAGAGAUCUGUUCAGGGAUGUGACGCUGGAGAACUACACACAUUUGGUCUCUAUAGGACUGCAAGUUUCCAAACCUGAUGUGAUUUCCCAGUUAGAGCAAGGGACUGAGCCGUGGACCGUGGAGCCCGGCAUCACCCUGGGUGCCUGUGGAGACUGGGAGCCAAGAUUUGAAAAUUGUGUGUCACCUCCAGAAGUGAACUUUGCUGAAGGGACACAGCCUUCAGAGGCACUUGUGGAAAAACACGGACAGGAGGAUCCUUGGGAUCCCAGCAUCCUAGGCGCUUGGGAGUCUGAAGGCAGCUUAGGGAGGCAGCAGGCACUGCCCAGAGAAAGAUCAAAGGUGACUGAAAAGACGACACCCACGCAGGAGGGAGGCCCUGUGAAUACCGAAUGCGGGAAAAGCAGCGUGCGCUCACGUACUGUAACACAGCAAGAAAUAUCCCCAGAGCAGACCUCUGCUAAGGCAGACGUCAAGCAGAAUUCACAUCCAGUUAAAAAAGAGAAGUCUUGUAAGUGCAGUGAAUGUGGUAAAGCUUUUAGCUAUUGUUCAGCUCUUAUUCGCCAUCAGCGGACACAUACUGGGGAGAAACCCUACAAAUGCAACGAAUGUGAAAAGGCUUUCAGCCGAAGCGAAAAUCUUAUAAACCAUCAAAGGAUCCAUUCUGGAGAUAAACCGUACAAGUGUGACCAGUGUGGGAAGGGCUUCAUCGAGGGUCCAUCUCUUACUCAACAUCAGCGAAUCCACACUGGAGAAAAACCCUACAAAUGUGACGAAUGUGGGAAAGCCUUUAGCCAGAGGACCCACCUUGUUCAGCACCAGAGAAUCCACACUGGGGAGAAGCCGUACACUUGUAAUGAGUGUGGGAAAGCUUUUAGCCAGAGAGGCCACUUUAUGGAACAUCAGAAAAUCCACACAGGAGAAAAGCCUUUUAAAUGUGAUGAAUGUGAUAAAACCUUCACCAGGAGUACACACCUUACCCAACACCAAAAAAUUCAUACUGGUGAGAAAACCUACAAAUGCAACGAGUGCGGGAAGGCCUUCAACGGGCCCUCCACAUUCAUCCGGCACCACAUGAUUCACACUGGGGAGAAGCCCUACGAGUGCAGCGAGUGUGGGAAAGCCUUCAGCCAGCACUCGAACCUCACUCAGCACCAAAAAACACACACCGGGGAGAAGCCCUAUGACUGUGCGGAAUGUGGGAAAGCCUUUAGUUACUGGUCGUCCCUGGCCCAGCAUCUGAAAAUUCAUACUGGAGAAAAACCUUAUAAAUGCAACGAAUGUGGAAAGGCCUUCAGCUACUGCUCAUCCCUCACCCAGCAUCGGAGAAUCCACACCCGAGAAAAGCCCUUUGAGUGCAGCGAGUGUGGAAAGGCUUUCAGUUAUCUCUCCAACCUGAAUCAGCAUCAGAAGACACACACCCAGGAGAAAGCCUACGAGUGCAAGGAAUGCGGGAAAGCCUUUAUUCGGAGUUCAUCUCUUGCCAAGCAUGAGAGAAUCCACACUGGAGAGAAACCCUACCAGUGUCACGAGUGUGGGAAAACCUUUAGCUAUGGCUCGUCCCUGAUUCAGCAUAGGAAGAUCCACACCGGGGAGAGGCCGUACAAGUGCAACGAGUGUGGGAGGGCCUUCAACCAGAACAUACACCUCACACAGCACAAGAGGAUCCACACGGGAGUGAAGCCUUAUGCCUGUUCCGCAUGUGGGAAGGCCUUCCGGCACUGUUCAUCUCUUGCUCAGCACCAGAAGACCCACACAGAAGAAAAACCCUACCAGUGCGGCAAAUGUGACAAGACAUUCAGCCAGAACUCCCACCUGGCGCAGCACCAGCGGAUCCACACCGGAGAGAAGCCCUACAAGUGCGGUGAGUGUGACAGAGCUUUCAGCCGGAGCACGCUCCUGGCAGAACACCAGAGCACCCACAUCGGGGAGAAGCCAUACAACUGCAGUGCGUGCCAGAAGACCUUCAGCCAGAGCACGCACCUUGCCCAGCACCAGAGGGUCCACUCGGGGGAGAAGCCCUUCGGCUGCGCUGGCUGUGGGAAGGCCUUCCGGUACCGCUCUGCGCUCAGCAAGCACCAGAGGCUGCACCCCGGCAUGUGCCUGUCCUAGGGGCUGGAGCAGAGGCCUGAGGAGCAAAGCGGACCAAAAACUGCCGAACAUGGUUGACUGUCACUUCACACUAGGAGAUGGAGAGUAGUUGGGCUGAACUGAUCGUUACUAAAACAACUUUGUGACACAAACCCAACUAUUUUACGUGGAAUGAAGGAUUUGAAUAGAUGAUUUCAAAGGUAGUUUAGUGUUUUAUACUCAGUUUUGUACAUUUACAAUAUAUUCUUAAAUGGUUUUGCUACACAGCGCAUUCCGUGUGUUGCAUCUGAAUGUGUGUCUGUGCAUGGUUUGUGCUUUGGGAAUGAGGAACCUGCUCUGCUCCUGUUCUCAUGCACCUCAGUUGUUUAGGGAACUGAUUUGUAAUAAAACAUUAUAAAAUACCCUCAAA